UGUUCUUCACUACAAAGAUAGUCCUAAAACUGGGGAGCCAAGACUUAGACAGGUGUGAUGCGAAGUACAUAAACUAUUUCUCUGCCUCACUUUUCUACUUGCUAAGGUUAUUUCCGACAAAACAACCAAGUUGAGAAUACUGGAAGCAUGCCGCGAUGGCAAAAAGUUGGUGGGUGUCACUUCGGAAGAGACAGAACUGUUGACAAAAUCACGGCAAGAUACUAUUGGAAAAAUAUAUACAACGGUACAUCAGAAUGGGUUAGUGAUUACUACUUACAUGUAGAUUACUUUGCUAACUGUUUCAAUAGAUAAAACAUUGUGAAGUAUGUCAAAGUUCCAAGAGAAAGUUCGGCACACCAGCGCCAUCUCUACAUCAUAUUCCUGUGACGGACACUUGGAAAAAGGCCGGGAUUGACCUGAUUGAAUUUCCAGUUAGCAGCAGCGGCAAUCGGUUUGCGUGACAUUGAUACACUACUUCUCGAAGUGGGUAGAAGCUGCGGCUAUUCCAACCAAGGAAUCUUGUCACACCCUUGGCUUUUUGUACAAGAUGAUUCUUCGUCAUGGCUCUCCAGAAGAAAUCAUCACAGACCAGGGAAGGAAAUUUUGCAAUCAAGUAAUGAACAGACUAGAAGAGCUGACAGGCUUUCGCCAUCUUGUCACGAGCGCCUAUCAUCCUCAGCCCAACGGAUUAGAUGAAAGGCUUAAUCAAACUCUAAAAGCAGCGUUGCAGAAGCUAGUCAACGAAAGACAAGACGAUUGGGAUCAGUUGAUUGACAAUGUUCUUACGAGCCGACAGCAAUCAACGAAGUACACGCCAUUUUUUCUCAUGUGCAGUUGUGAAGCAAAGCUUCCCAUUGACAUCAGCUUUGUUAGAGAAGAAGAAACUUCUCGAGAGUUAUCUCUAAACGAGAAAGUGAAGACUAUGAUUGGCAUUCAGGAGAAGAUUCGCGCACAAGCCAAGAAAAAUAUAGAAACCGCUCAGGCUAGACAGAAACGGCAGUAUGAUAUAAAGCACAAUACAAGAACAAAUCUCAAGGUAAGAAGAGUGUGCAACAGACAUUCAAUUAAAUAACUUAAUCGAAUGAAUUCUGACUACAAUGACAAUGUUGACAGUCUGCUUGCCAUUUGAAUGUAGGUAGGAGAGCAAG